ACCAACUCCUCACUUGUAGCCCUACCUCUCUCCAAUCUGCUACCCAGGCUGCAGAGGUGAUCCAGCCUUUGGCAGCGCAGGAGCAAGGGACUGCCACGCGAGGAAAAGAAAAAAAAUAAGAGUCAUCCCGGACGCGGGAUAUUGCACCGGCAUGAACAUGAAGCAUCAGUUAUUUGCCAUAGACUUAAUGCUUUUGUGCAUAUCUUGCGGAGCAAGUGCGCUGGCGACGAGUCUCCCCGCGUCCCUGCCAGCCGCGAAUCUCACCAGCCUUGGCGCGGCGCACAGCUUUGGAACAGACACUACAACACUUUCUAAAACCAGGAGGAAGCGGUACAUCAGCCAGAACGACAUGCUGGCAAUCCUUGAUUAUCAUAAUAAAGUCAGAGGGAAAGUGUUUCCUCCAGCCUCCAACAUGGAAUACAUGGUGUGGGACGACACUCUGGCGAAGACAGCCGAGGACUGGGCUCAUGCGUGUCUGUGGGAGCACGGUCCACCUAACCUCCUCAGGUUCCUGGGUCAAAACCUCUCUGUCAGGACAGGACGCUACCGAUCCAUCCUCCAGUUAGUGAAGCCGUGGUACGACGAGGUCAAAGAUUACUCCUUUCCUUACCCUCGUGAUUGCAAUCCGCGGUGUCCACUCCGGUGCUACGGACCCAUGUGCACCCACUACACACAGAUGGUUUGGGCAACAUCCAACAAAGUGGGCUGUGCUGUACACACAUGCCACAACAUGAACGUAUGGGGCUCAGUGUGGAAAAGAGCCACAUAUUUAGUUUGCAACUACUCUCCAAAGGGUAACUGGAUCGGGGAGGCCCCCUACAAAGUAGGCGUCCCCUGCUCUGCCUGCCCUCCCAGCUACGGUGGCUCGUGCAGCAACAACAUGUGUUUCCCUGCUCUCAGGACAAACUACCUGCACUGGUUCAAAUAAACACAGGCUUCCUCUCAACAUAAGCUGACAACCUACAGUACCACAGAGACUUUCUUUUAAUCCAGUGAGGAUUUGCACAAAAAGUCGUGAACAACGCUAUUUUGUAUAUAUGGGCUUAUUUAAGGACAAAAAAA